AACAAUGGUGUAUUGUAGACAAAUUACCUUCAUUCCCUUUGCCCUGCUCUCUACCUUCUGCUGUAUUGAAAUGAAAAUGUUUUGGUGCCAAGCGAUUAACACAGACAAUGAGGAGGUUUUUGCGGCCAGGACACGAUCCAGUGAGAGAGAGGCUCAAGCGUGACCUUUUCCAGUUCAACAAGACUGUUGAACAUGGCUUCCCACACCAGCCUAGUGCCCUUGGCUACAGCCCUUUCUUCCAUCUUAUGGCUAUUGGAACCCGAUCAGGAGCCAUCAAACUCUAUGGAACUCCUGGAGUGGAAUUUAUGGGCUUGCAUGAAGAAACCAAUGCUGUUAUGCAAAUACAUUUUAUUCCUCACCAGUGCCAGCUAGUGACACUGCUGGAUGACAACAGCCUGCACUUAUGGAACUUGAAACAGCAGCGGAAUGGGGCAUCCGAACUGCAAGAGAAAAGGCACUUCACACUCCGAGGACCUCCUGGUUCUCCUCCGAGCGCAACCCAGGUAACAGCAAUCCUUGCGCAUUCCUCACAAGAAUCCCUGUACCUUGGCACUGAGAGCGGUAAUGUCUUUGUGGUGGAGCUCCCAUCCUUCAGGAUGCUAGAAGACCAGACUAUUAGUUCAGACGUGGUGCUGCAACAAGUGCCAGAAGAUUGUCGUAGGCGGUCACUUGAAUUGGUAGAAUCCUUAAGGGAACAUCCUCAGAAUCCCAGCCAGCUCCUGAUUGGAUACAGCAGAGGCCUGAUUGUCCUUUGGGACUUGAAAAGCAACAAAGCAACACACCACUUCCUUGGAAAUCAGCAACUGGAAAACCUCUUUUGGCAGAAGAAUGGCUGUCAAAUCAUCAGCUGCCAUUACGAUGGGAGUUAUACCCAGUGGCCCGUUUCAAGUGAUGAUAGGCAACCCGAGCCGUUGGAAAGUAAAAUGCCUUAUGGUCCUUUCCCUUGCAAGGCCAUCACCAAGAUCUACUGGCAAACAGCAAAAAAUGGGCUUCCUUACAUAGUAUUUCAAGGAGGGAUGCCACGGGCAAGCUACGGUGAUCGGCACAGCAUUUCUGUUAUUCAUGGCAAUCAGCAAACAGCCUUCGACUUCACAUCACGAGUGAUAGACUUCUUUGUCAUUGCCAAUCCCGAUCCACGUGUAGAGUUUGAUGACCCAUCUGCAAUGGUGGUGCUAGCAGAGGAAGAGCUGGUGGUAAUAGACCUCAAGACGCCAGGCUGGCCUUCUGUCCAACCUCCGUAUCUUGCUUCCCUUCACUGCUCAGCUAUCACCUGUUCCCACCAUGUCUCCAACAUCCCGCUGAAGUUGUGGGAAAGGAUAAUUACCGCAGGGAUCAAGCAGAACUCCCACUUCUCAAACAUGCCUUGGCCCAUUGAUGGAGGUACCAGCUUGGCUCCUGAUCCUCCCCAGAGGGACUUGCUACUUACGGGGCAUGAAGAUGGCACAGUGCGAUUCUGGAAUGCGUCCGGCGUCUGUUUGAGCCUCCUGUAUAAGCUGAGCACAGUGAGAGUGUUCCACACAGAUGCUGAUCCCAACGACAAUAUGAACCAAAUGGGGGAGGAUGAGUGGCCUCCGCUGCGUAAGGUUGGCUCCUUUGACCCUUACAGUGAUGACCCCAGGCUUGGGAUCCAGAAGAUCUUUCUGUGCAAGUACAGUGGCUACUUGGCUGUAGCAGGAACAGCAGGGCAGGUGCUUGUAAUGGAACUAAAUGAUGAAGAAGCAGAGCAAGUGAUCGACCACACAGAAGCAGACCUUCUCCAGGAUCAGGAAGGCUAUAGGUGGAAGGGUCAUGAACGGCUAAAAACCAGAGAAGGGCCUGUUCGAUUUGAACCUGGCUUUCAGCCAUUUGUCUUGGUCCAGUGUCAACCACCAGCUGUGGUUACAUCAUUGGCUCUUCACUCUGAAUGGAAACUGGUGGCCUUUGGUACGAGCCAUGGCUUUGGGCUCUUCGAUCAUCAGCAGAAGCGAUUGGUCUUUGUUAAGUGCACCCUGCAUCCAAGCGACCAGUUGGCCUUGGAGGGUCCUCUUUCCAGGGUGAAAUCCUUAAAAAAGUCCCUCCGUCAGUCCUUCCGACGGAUUCGAAGGAGUAGGGUGUCCAACAGAAAGCGGCGAACUGCUGAGGUACAAGAAGGAAUCCCCAGGUAUGACCAGGAUGCCUUACAGGAGAUAGAACUAGCUCCAGUCCAGCGGAAGAUUGAAGCACGGUCUGCGGAAGACUCCUUCACUGGUUUUGUUCGCACUUUGUACUUUGCUGACACCUUCUUAAGAGACAGUUCUCGGCACUGUCCCUCCUUGUGGGCUGGCACCAAUGGCGGCACCGUAUACGCCUUCUCUCUGCGUGUACCCCCAGCCGAGAGAAGAAUGGAUGAGCCUGUCAAAGCAGAACAGGCCAAAGAAAUCCAACUCAUGCACAGAGCACCUGUUGUGGGGAUUCUUGUCCUGGAUGGUCGCAGCACUCCUCUCCCGGAGCCCCUGGAAGUUGCUCAUGAUCUUUCUAAGAGCCCUGAUAUGCAGGGGAGCCACCAGCUUCUUGUGGUGUCUGAAGAACAGUUUAAGAUUUUCACAUUGCCAAAGGUCAGCUCCAAACUGAAGCUCAAGUUGACUGCCUUGGAAGGCUGCCGGGUGCGGAAGGUGACAGUGGCCAAUUUUGCUAGCAACAAGGAUGAGUACAGUGAAAAUGACCUGGCUGCUCUGACCAACUUAGGAGACAUCCACAUCAUUUCCUUGCCUUUACUAAAAAUACAAGUGCGAUAUCCCUGCAUCCGCAAGGAGGAUGUGAGCGGCAUUGCCUCUUGUGUGUUCACUAGAUAUGGACAAGGAUUCUAUCUCAUCUCCCCAUCAGAGUUUGAGAGGUUUUCACUUUCCACGAAGUGGCUGGUCGAACCACGCUGUCUGGUAGAAGCACCUGAAAACGCAGGCAAUAACUAUGUGCACAAUGCAUCUAGCAUGGAGAAAGCUUCAAAGAAAUCUAAAGAAUCAGGAUGGAGCUCUAGUGAACAAAGUGGAGAUGAGAGGAAACCUGGAAAGCUGAUGGAACAUGCCCUGCUCAAUGAUGAGAAAGUUCUGAAGGAAAUACAGAGUACUCUGGAAGGUGGAAGAGGGAGCUAUAGUGACAGAAAUUCAAUGGGGAUCCAAUUAGGACACAGACUAAGUAACGGAGGAGCAGAAUGAUUUCGUUCUGGUGGUGUCACCGUGAGGUCUGGCAUUUUGGAAAGAGUGCCCUAACUACUGCCUGCCAUUCCUGGGGAGAUGCAUCGACGGAUCGUGGCCUCGAAUUAAAUUGCAAGACAGAACCUUAGUUGGACACUGACCUUUUUCUCCUCUUCUGCACUGUGCCUCACUUGAAGCUGUCUCUUCGUUGUGUGUUGUUAGUUUUGCAACACAGGCUGGAAUGAUUUUCUUGUCCUCCUUUUCCCUUUACGCCUGUUCCUAUGUUUUUGCAACUCUUCCAAAAGUUUGCACAGUUUUUUUCCUUUCUUAAAAAAGAUUUAUACUGGGUUGGGUUUUAAAUUAUAAAUAUUGCUGCCUUUUCUGCAGAGUUUUUAAUAUACUGUUACCUCUAUGAUUUUUGUACAUUUUUAAAAAUCAUAAUGAGUUUUUUUGUUUAGAGAGCUAUUUAGAAGUGUGCUUUUUUUAAAAAAAAAUGAAUGAAAUACCAUAUCACUUUAGAUUACUGUGGCUGCUGUAAACUUUUUUAAUGAGGAAAUUGGAACCUUUUUUGUCAUGUUGCGGUACUGUUCAACAAUUGGCAGACUUAGGUAGAAUCUAUUUUUAUAGCUGUUCGAAUCAGAAAAUUAAUCAAACCUGUUUUGUGACUGAACACUACAUCGAUCUGUCUUUUGAAAUAAACCAGUAUCUUUACAUA